AUGGCUGCAAAAGACGAUGAAAAAUUGCAUUGUAAGGCAGUGGUCUAUCAUGAUGCCUCUUUGCCAAGUGAACAACUGUUUGUCCUAAAUGCUAAAGAUGUUUUCUGGACUGGAGGCAAAAGAGAGACCCAGUCUUUGAUAUAUACUGAAAAACCUCCACCUUUAAUCUGUGAUAGAAUUGACCUCAGUGAAUUCCGGAUUGCUCAGGCCAUGAUAUUUGCAGUUGAUGAAAUCAAUAGGGACAACAGCUUGCUUCCAAAUAUCUCAAUUGGUUACACAAUUUAUGACAAUUGUCUCUCCAGCUUGUUAUCUAUGAAGGCAGCUAUGGCUUUGAUGAAUGGAAUGGACAUAACAGCAGAUGGGUCCUGCUCUGGACAAGCAGCAGUACAAGCCAUUAUAGGGGAGUCAGAGUCUUCUCCUACUGUGGCACUUGCAAAAACUACAGGACCUUUUAAGAUCCCAGUGGUAAGUCAUUCUGCCUCAUGUGAAUGCUUGAGCAACAGAAGAGCAUACCCAUCUUUCUUCAGGACCAUACCAAGUGACUACUACCAGGGUAGAGCAUUGGCCUAUCUGGUCAAGCACUUUGGCUGGUCUUGGGUGGGAGCUGUACACAGUGAUAAUGACUAUGGCAACAAUGGAAUAGCCAUUUUUCUGAAUGCAGCCAAAGAAGAGGGAAUAUGUGUUGAGUACUCGGAAAAGUUCGAUCGAGCAAAUCCUGCCAAAAUGAUUAAAGUGGCUGAUAUUAUUAAGAAAAGCACAGCCAAAGUAAUCAUUGUAUUUCUUUCCUAUUUUGAUGUGAACUUUCUAAUAGAGCAGCUUAAUCUUAAUAAUCUCACUGGCUACCAGAUGAUUGGUACUGCAUGGAUUUCCGCCGUUGAUCUUGUAACACCAGCGAGUUUUAGGGUUUUGUCUGGAGCCAUUGGAUUUGAUGUGGGAAAAUUAAAGAUUCGUGGUUUUGCUGAUUAUGCUGCCAAUGAAUUUUGGCACACAGCACACCCAUGCUUACAUACAGAGGGAAGCACUUCUCAAACUGAAAACAGCUGCAGUAAAUAUGAAGAUAUGAUUCAAUUUAAAAACUACACUAAUGAUAUUUCAGAACUGAGAUAUGCAAAUAAUGUCUACAAUGCCGUUUAUGCUGUGGCACAUUCUCUACACAGUCUGUUGAAAUGCACAGAAAAUCAGAGUUGUCAGAAAGACGUAACAAUACAACCAUGGCAGGUUGUUAAUUCUCUAAAAAAGGUAAAUUUUACCACCAAGGUAGGAGAAAAAAUUUGGUUUGACAGCACUGGGGCAACCGCUGCAAAAUAUGAUGUGUUGAACUGGCAACGUGGGGUUAGUGGAGAAGUGGAGCUUAAGGUCUUGGGAUAUUAUGAUGGCUCACUUCCACGUGGACAACAAUUUGCCUUAACUGCAGAAGAUAUAGUGUGGGCAGCAGAGAAAAGAGAGCCAAGGUCUGUGUGCAGUGAAAGCUGUCCUCCAGGAACCAGGAAAGCUGCACAGAAAGGAAGGCCUGUCUGCUGUUACGACUGUAUUCCAUGUGCAGAGGGAGAGAUCAGUAACCAGACAGAUUCAAAUAACUGUGAGCAGUGUCCAGGAGAAUACUGGUCAAAUGCUGAAAGAGAUAAAUGUGUGUUAAAGGUUAUAGAGUUUCUCUCAUUUACAGAGGUUAUGGGGAUUAUACUGGUAUUUUUUUCUUUGUUUGGAGCUGCAUUAACUAUAUUAGUAGGCAUUUUAUUUGUAAUAAAAAAGGACACUCCUAUAGUUAGGGCCAACAAUUCAGAGCUGAGCUUCCUGCUGCUCUUCUCACUGACUCUGUGUUUCCUCUGUUCACUUACUUUCAUUGGACGGCCCUCUGAGUGGUCCUGUAUGCUGCGCCACACAGCUUUUGGGAUCACAUUUGUACUCUGUAUCUCCUGUGUUCUGGGGAAAACAGUUGUUGUUUUAGUAGCUUUUAGAGCUACACUUCCAGGCAGCAAUGUCAUGAAAUGGUUUGGGCCUCUACAGCAGAGACUCAGUGUAGUUGCAUUAACUCUCAUUCAGGUCCUUAUUUGUGUACUUUGGUUAACAAUUUCUCCUCCUUUUCCCUACAUGAACGUGAACUACUACAAGGAAAAGAUCAUUUUAGAGUGUAACUUGGGCUCAGCUAUAGGUUUCUGGGCCGAUAUAGAUAUAGAUAUAGAUGAUAACUGA